AUGCUCCUCGAAGCCCAUGAGACAACUUUAAGGGCGGAGGCUCUGGAGGAGCGAAUACUCCGUUGGCUAGAAGCCGUUGAGGCUGGCCUUCGGGCUCAAAAUCCACAAUUGGAGAACGAGGACGAGGACGAGAUGUUGCUCGAUACCUUUGACAAGCGGGCGCAAGAGGCCCUGAACAACCAAGAAGACGACGAGGAUGACGAGGACGAGGAUGACGACGAGGAGGAGGAGGAUGAAGACGAAGACGAAGACGAUGACGACGAUGACGACGAAGACGACGACAGCAUGAUCCUCGAGAUCUAG